UUGCGCAUCUAUUACAAUGGUCAGUCGCUACAUUGCCUCUUGGUUUACACGCUGUCCCCUUUACGCGCCUCAUACCAUCGAUCCUUGAACCCAUCUCUUCGACGACCCCUCGCUUUUUCAAGUUGUCGCUCGACUAACUCGAUCUCGAAUUUGCAGUUGGACAAAAUCGUCGGUCUCGCCAUGCUCGUGGCCGCUUCUGUCGUCUUCCUUUACUACACCAUCUGGACCCUGCUCAUGCCCUUUGUCGAUGACGACCACGUGCUUCAGAACUUCUUCCCUCCCCGCGUUUGGGCCAUCCGCAUCCCCGUCAUCAUCAUUCUUCUCGGCGGCGCCGUCGUGGGCUCUUUCCUCGGCAUGGUCAUGAUCCGGAGCAACAAAAAGAAGGCCGCCAAGGCCAAGGCUGCUGCCAAGAAGACGAACUAG